AGUUGGGCCAAAUCCAAUUUAGAUGUAGAGUAGAGUACCAAGACGAAGGCGGUUAAAGUAAACCGAAAUAUAUUUAGGCAGUAUAAACCGGAAUAAAAUCAAUCCUCAGUCAGUUUCCUCACACCAAAGCGGCCUCUGCGACGACACCUAGGGUUUUCACGAGUGAAAUCUCAAAUCCAUGGCGGACGACGAUUACCAAGAUGUCGACGAUUUGGGGUAUGAGGACGAGCCUGCAGAGCCGGAGAUUGAAGAAGGAGUAGAGGAUGAUGCCGAGAUGAAGGAAAAUGAUGAUGUGGAUGGUGAACCUAUUGAGGCAGAGGAUAAGGUAGAGGAGGAAGCUGUGCCACGUCCGCGUAAAACAUCAAAGUUUAUGACCAAGUAUGAACGUGCUAGGAUACUAGGCACUCGUGCUCUCCAGAUAAGCAUGAAUGCACCUGUGAUGGUAGAGCUGGAGGGUGAGACUGAUCCACUCGAGAUAGCAAUGAAGGAGCUUAGACAGCGUAAGAUACCUUUCACAAUCAGGCGUUACUUACCUGACGGGAGCUUUGAGGAGUGGGGAGUUGAUGAACUCAUUGUGGAAGACUCAUGGAAACGUCAAGUUGGUGGUGAUUAGUCCAUAAAAUUACUCUAUUAUGUAGCCCUUCUCCUAUGUUGUUUACAUGCAGUUGAAUCAAACAAAAGUGAAAACAUAUUUGCUCUUGUGUUUGAAUGCUUCUAGCCUGCUUUAAACUGAAGCGUUUUGGAUAAUAUAACAUUGUCUACUUAGUAGUA